AUGACAUUUGGUUUGAGGUUAUUUGCGCUUGAUUGGUCAUGGUCGGCUCAGAGUGCUGAUACAGCUAGAGUUAUGGCUUCUGUGAAAGAAUCACCAGCAUUUGACACACAGAAGGAAUUGAGAGAAAGCCAAGAUGCAAGCUCAAAGUCCUCUGAAAGUACAGGAGCACAUGGAGGAAAGCCAGACAGCCUAGAGGACUUGUUUUCCACACUGAAGAAUCAGAUCAGUUCAUCAGAUUGGCUGAAAGAGAACACUGCUGAAAAGUGGGUACAGGAAAAUCCUGAACUUGCCAAAGAGUACAUGGAUGCUGCAAAAAAGACUUGAAUGGGAAUAAAAAUGAUAAUGACAUUAAUUUCUGAUUCCAGUGAAUGAGUGUAGCUGUUCCAGAAAAUAAAUACUGUAAAAUGACUGCAGAAAGAGAAGACUGCAGACGUACGAGAAAUUAAAAUAAUUGUUAUAAUAUACUUUUAUAUUGAGAAGAGUGAAGAUGCACAGCUUAUUAUGCCCCCCUUCGAAGAAGAGGGGGUAUAUUGUUUUGCACAUGUCAGUCCGUCCGUCCGUAUGUCCGUCCGUCCGUCCACCAGAUGGUUUCCGGAUGAUAACUCAAGAACGCUUGUCUGUCCUUUCGUAUGUCCGUCCGUCCACCAGAUGGUUUCCGGAUGAUACUCAAGAACGCUUACGCCUAGGAUCAUGAAACUUCAUAGGUACAUUGAUCAUGACUGGUAGAUGACCCCUAUUGAUUUUGAGGUCACUAGGUCAAAGGUCAAGGUCACAGUGACUCGUUCUUGGAUGCAGUUUAGGACCACAUUAAUUGCAGAUUAUAUUGUGUACUGGUGUGCGGGGUCUCCGUCCCCACCAGAUGGUUUCCAGAUGAUAACUCAAGAACGCUUACGCCUAGGAUCAUGAAACUUCAUAGGUACAUUGAUCAUGACUGGCAGAUGACCCCUAUUGAUUUUCAGGUCACUAGGUCAAAGGUCAAGGUCACAGUGACUCGAAAUAGUAAAAUGGUUUCCGGAUGAUAACUCAACAAUACUUACGCCUAGGAUCAUGAAACUUCAUAGGUACAUUGAUCAUGACUGGCAGAUGACCCCUAUUGAUUUUCAGGUCACUAGGUCAAAGGUCAAGGUCACAGUGACUUGAAACAGUAAAAUGGUUUCUGGAUGAUAACUCAAGAAUGCUUACGCCUAGGAUCAUGAAACUUCAUGGACAUUGAUCAUGACUGGCAGAUGACCCCUAUUGAUUUUCAGGUCACUAGAUCAAAGGUCGAGGUCACAGUGACUCAAAAGAGUAAAAUGGUUUCCGGAUGAUAACUCAAGAAUGCUUAUGCCUAGGAUCUUGAAACUUCAUAGGUACAUUGAUCAUGACUGGCAGAUGACCCCAAUUGAUUUUCAGGUCAAUAGGCUAAAGGUCAAGGUCACAGUGACAAAAAACGUAAUCACACAAUGGCUGCCACUACAACUGACAGCCCAUAUGGGGGGCAUGCAUGUUUUACAAACAGCCCUUGGUUAAAUUAUUGAUAUAAUAUUCAUGAAUAUUCAGAAUACUUUAUAUGUAAAACUAGUUUAUGUGAUAUAGUAUUUAUGAAUAUUAAGAAGAUUUUAAAUGAAAAUGAAAGGUAUAAUGUCAUAAAUUGUAACUUUAAUGACCCUAUUAAGCUAAUAUGUGUAUAUAAAAAAGAAAAUUAUAAUGAGAUGAGAUAAUAAAACUAUAUAUGUUAUAUAUCCACGAUGUGAUAUAUUUUUUAGCAUGUGAAUAAAAGUAAACUUUUCACCAAAUGUAAAACAAAUAAAAGCAAUCCAUUAUAUUCAGCAUAAUGUUUUAUUUUGGAUCAAAUUGGAAUAAAAAACAUCACAAAUUUCUUUUUUUUCUGCAUUUAUAUGACCAAUGAUUUUUCCACCAUACUUUGCUGUCACAAUAAUUAACACAUUUAAUUUAAGUGUUACUAAUUUUUGUGUGCUGCACUUUGCAUAAAAAAGUUGAAGCUGUCCCAUUUGAUUGUAUUUUUUGCAUUAGUAGAAUGCUAUUGUUAAGGUUUGCAUGCAACAUCUCUAUAUUUCUGUUUUGACUACAUGUAACAGUAUUUAAUAAAAGUUUCACACA